ACCGAUAUCUUUUCCUCGAAGAUCCCUUCGUUGUCUUUUGCUGUGGCUUCAUUCUGCAAUCUUCAUCGUGGUACCUCCAUCGAAAGGAAGCAACGCGAAAAUAGGUAGCCUCCAUUUUGGGCCAUACGAUACCCAUUUCGGAAAGAUUUGGAACUACUCUCCCGCGACGGUUCUUCAACGUCACUAACUCUCAUACGCAACCAGCGCUAAAGUUUGCCAGCGAUCGCCAGCUCGAGCCCUCCGCGCCUCCGUUCAACCGAAUUGCGCGCAGUUUCACCAUCAGCGUCGCCGAUCGCUCAUCGCUCUCCGUCCAGUCUACGCAUUCGUUGGUCUCCAGCAGCUGAGUUGCCUCACCGACAGCUCUCUUUUCUCCUUGGCUCGGCAACACAGUUUUGCCGCCAAGAAGAGCGAGCGACUGAGCAGCACCAUUGGCCAGGCCUUCUUCUGUUUGCAGACACGGCCACAGCCGGUGGCCCCGUACGCUAACGGAGGAGUGCUGAGCUUCCACGCGCCAGGAGCUCCUGAGGACGUUCGCGAGCGCCUCACGCGCCUGUUGCAUCUCUCCUCCGACAUGAUGGCCGAUCCGAACCUGGUGGAGGCCGCUAAGGAACAUCUCCGCCAGGGAGAUGAUAGCGCCAGUGAUGGCGACGCCGCUGAGAUCGCCGACGCCUUCCGCGCCGACGAAGACAACCCUCAACGACUCACGGUACAGUCGCUUCCUUACGUCAAGUGCCGCGAGAGCGUGAGCGCCGUGUUCAGCUUUGACUCGGCUGCUCGCCGCCGCAUCUCGUUGGCGUCCAAUGCGACAUCCGACACGGCCAAUUCCUCGCCUGAACACGCCGACAAGCUUCCAACGUCGCUCUCGUACUCGGUGCCAUCGACCACAAUGGUGACCAACACUCCGCGUGGCCGACCCGCCGUGGACGUUAUUGCCACGUACAUGAACACUUGUGACCAGCGCACUGUCAAGUCGGAGUUGAUGCGCGCCCACGCUCAUUUUGCGUCUCCUCGAGGCGGUCCGCCGUCGCGCAUCCGUUCGUCUUCCAUGAUGAGCAAGGAAGGCAGCGCCGAGUGGGGCUGGUUCGCAGACAUCGACUCGAGCAGCGAAAGUUGGGGCGGCGACGGCUCCAUCCACUCACUGCGACGACGACUUAGUGCCGACCUGGGACUCAUUGACGUUGGCAAUGUCCAUGUCUUGGGCGAUGAACAGACCAACACACGCAAUACAGCAGCGCACAAGACGUUUACGAUCGUUACAGAGGGAAACAGUAAAGUCGUCUCCGCUACCGUGUCCAUCCCAAAAUUCCGUAUUGUGCAAUCACGCUCGGGCGCCGAUCGCCAUGCGCAGUAUUUAAUCACACUCAUGCUCGGCAAGGAGCUGUACGCAGACUGGCGCCGGUAUUCGGAGUUCGGAGAGUUAGUCAAGACGUUGGAUCAGAAGCGGUACACGCGGACACAAGACGCCUGGGCAGGUAUUGAGACGCGCUGGUUCAACCGACUAGAGCCCUCGUAUCUGCACCAGAAGUGUAUCACGCUCGAGAAUUUUAUGCGUGAGCUCAUGUACGAAUCGAACGAACCGACUGUGCUGAUCAACUUCCUUGGUGGCUACCUGGGUAAGGUAAACGCUCGGCCAACGGACCCGGUGGGUUACCGGCCAGCUGCACAAUUGCCGAAGGAACUUCGUCCUCCACAGCCACGUCACGAACGAGAGCUGUUUGAGAAAAUGUGGGCCGAAAACUUUAAGCGGUCACACGUCGACUACUCUCACAGUUUGCCGCCAGGCCAGACGGCUAGCUAGAGCUGAUGAGUAAUGAAGGGGAUACACGGUGGUACCCCGUUAUUUGAUUAUUUGUGUAGUGGUCACGUGUGACCCAUGCACUUUAGCUUCUCUAAUUGGACUUGAAAGUCCUAUGAAAUCAUAGUUAGGUGUUUCCUACUACGUAGAGGUAUUUGGUAGGAAAGUCUAUAGGAACUUGAUUUUAAAAGCUGGAGCGUCCGAGUAGCAGAGUUCGUGCUGAUAGACGAUGAGAUCAGGAAUGUGGGAGAUGUCACGCAAGUAGAAGAACUGUGCCAGUCGCGACUGUGCAAUGAGAGGAAACAGCCACGGAGACACCUGCAGAGCAGAAUCGUUAGCGUAGGCAGCAACAGAUCUGGAAGCCAGGACUUACCGUCGAAAUUAGGGAGUGCCAGCUGAAGCCGACAAUCGCUCCGACAAUUGCACCGACGACAACUUGGUCCUUCGUGUGGUAGCCCAAGCGCACUCGAGAGUAACAAGUGAACACUGCUAGAAAAAUACAGCCGACAAUUGUGAACCACUGCUCAAUGUAGCGGUGCGCGUUCAACCUGCAGCGACGAUAACCAUUAGUUUAGUUUAGCCUUUUCAGGUACUUCAAUGACAAUGGAUGAAUGUACAUACCUCGAGUACGUGUAGGCGACGGCGUAUGAGGCGAAGUACGAAAUGAACUGCGAAUGAGCCGAGGGCAUCCCGGAGCCACUCAUACGCGCGCCAUCAGGUCGCUGCUGGUUGAUCGUUUUCUUGAGGAUCUUGUUGAUCACUUCACUCACAACCUGCCAGCCGUUAGUCCAUUACAUUCGAUUUCCAGAUGAAUAAUACAUCUCUACCUGGCCAAUAAACAUGCUGACGCUGUCCAA